CAUAUCCAUGCCAAGUACCCACAAUACUCUCACAGUCUCAUUGAGGAAGGUGAUAAGACUGAUCUCUACUCAAGGAUGGGACUAAGAGAUGUCUCCUAUUCCCCUUCCACGGGAAGCAAGCUUCAUGACCUCAACAAGACUCAAUUGGAACCUUCAAGGCUUCUAGACAUCCUCACCAAGAAGUCCUCCUUCCCUGGAAGUUUCACAUCGAUACCGGAGAUCCGAUCCCACAACCGUGUCCUUAACCACUGCGGCUUGAGUGAUGAGAAAUAUAUGGUGCUCUUCACUCCAAACUAUAAGGAUGCUAUGAUGCUGAUAGGGGAGAGCUACCUUUUCUUCAGGUACAAUUACUACAUGACCAUCAUCGAUGACGAGGUAGACUGCAUAAGGGAGUUUGCAACACAUAAGGAAUCAAAGGUGAUCUCAGUACCUGAGACUUGGUUGGAUCUCAGGAUCAAAGGAUCACAACUGAGCCAAUAUUUCAAGAGGAAGUGCAGUUAUAGACCCAAGGGGCUCUUCUCCUACCCUAUUGAGGUGAGAGGGAUCAGGUACUCCAUGCAUUGGGUCUCAGAG